AGUCAUCGAACGGACUUGCUAGCGCACGGAUCUCUCUCUCGGGGUCGCCGACGGACGACGGAGCCAGCCAGCCUCAUCAAAUCCGGAACAUCAGCAGCAGCAGCGUGGACAAACAUACCGUCAGUCACAGUCACCAGCGUUGGGAGUAGGAGUAGCAGAACAGUGUGUGGCGCUGUAGCAGUCGGUAUUCCACCAUAUUUGUGUGUUUUCGACAGGCGGUGCGCGCGUGUGUGGGUGUCCGUCCGGUUUGUUCGGUUCACUCUCGAAUCGAGUCUCGUCUACAGUGCUGGUAGGGUAGUUGUGGACCGUGCGAAGCAGCAGCGCAGAUAAUAAAUUCAGGCAGCGGAGUGUUUCUGUCUUCCCUGCGUUCGGUGUCAUCUUCGAAUAGCACUAUCGAGCGCAUCGUUACGAAGGUGUCGUCAGCCCAGUAGCAAGCAGCUCUAUUCGCGUGGAACUUGUUGGGUGUAGUGCUUACGCGAUAUCCGACGAAGAAGUGCGACCGUGGACGGCAACGUUCCGUACAGUGAAGCUACGCAGCUUGAGUUUGACCUUAUGUAAUUGGAGUGCGGUAGUGCCUGGUCCCGUGAAAAUUUUGUGGCCACUAAAAAACGGGGGCACUUCCUCUGCACCGUCGACGUCUAAUCGCACCGUGAGUGAGUGGGUGGGUGUGAACACCCCGAAGAAAAAGCUCUCCCGGAGUGCGUGAAGGUGCCUACUGCCAGAAGGGAAAUCUUGGGAGUACAGGGCAUUAGGCGUGGUAGUGUGAUCCAGCGGGCUAGGCCGAUUGAGGCGCAGUGUGAAAAAGUGUACGGUGCUGCGAGGUGUGGUGGAUUGUCGUCGGGUUGAGCGAGCAAAGUAAUGGAGUGAGAAGAGCCAAGCGCCGCCGCCAUCGGUGAUAAGAUUAGAAAAUUCAAUUCAAGUGUGGCCGCCUUACACUCCAUAUUGAGGCUUGUGCGUGCGAAGUGAGUGAUUGCGAAGUGUAUUUUCGGGGCAGUGCAACGACUAACGAAACUCGGGCGUCGAACAAUGGAUAAAUCCGGUGGAGGCGAUUCUCGCGACGGUGGGCCUUCGUCAAGUUCUGCUUCGCAGUCACCGCAGAAGCAGCCAGCGGCCGUUCCGGCCAUUGGGUGUGGUUCCAGCUCCGGUGCCGGGUCCAGUGGCGGCAGCAGUACCGCCACCAUGACGUUGAACGUCACCACCACGACCGGGGGAAGCUUUUCCGUGCUGGUCGAGGGGGAAAACUCGGUCGAAAACCUCAAGAAAAUCAUAUCGAAAAAGCUGAAAGUCUCCAAGGACCGUAUCUGUUUGCUGCACCGCGAGAGGGAGCUACACGAUGGCACGCUACGAGAGAAUGGACUUAUGGAUGGCUCCAAGCUGAUCCUCACACCGAACGUUGAGACUGGACUGCUGGCACAGCGAGCGGAGAAUACCGUCAUGCAGGCGCUGGAAUCGCUAAAUGAUAAUCAGGUGAACGAUUUUCUGAGUGGCAAAUCUCCGCUAAAUUUGAGCGUCCGAUUAGGGGAUCACAUGAUGCUGAUUCAGCUGCAACUAAGUACUUUAAAUCCCUCGUCGCAAAGUGGAAGUCGCUCCAAGGCUCAUAAAUCGCGCAGUCUUACUGCAGGAAGCAGUAGCUCUAGCACUGCUGGAACAAGUUUGGUGCAAGCUUCGUCAUCACGGAGUAGGACCAGUAUUCCAAUCGGCUUCCGCAGAGUGGCUGCCGAUGGUUCGAGUGGGUCCAGCAACAGAACCAUUAUUGAACAUGUGACCGAGACGCAGACAUUCACCAAGCAGGAACUGGAGAAUAUUCACAGCAUAGUAAAGAACCUUGCCGAAAGUGAGAAUGCUACAAUGGCAAUCGUGCGUCCCAGCGCACCGGAACCGAUGGAGACUGAACCGGAAGUCAGGCAUUCGGCCUCGGAGUCCCCGAUCAAAUCCCUAUCCAAUUUAGUCUCUAGCUCGAUUAACUCAAGUAACAUUCCCUUGCCGUGCAAUAAUAAUAGCCUGCCGGUAGAUCUGCCCUCAGCUUGCACCGACCCAAUCAGCGCCAACCUGACUUCGUGUCUCUGCAAAAGACUGGACAACAAUGACAACAAUUCCUGCGAUACGACCUGCUCUACGCACCCUUCGGAACCUCAACCCUCGACGUCAACGGCCAGUUUGCACCGUACCGCACAUAACCCCAUCGCGCGUCACAAGUCAAAGAUCCAUACUCUCAGGAAGCACUACAGCUUUGACGGCACUGCCCUGCAGAAAACGGAACUGGAAACUGUACAACCCGUGGCUUCAACCUCUGCCCCCAACUCUCCACAGCGCCCGGAACAAGCUCUUGUGCAUCAUUCGCAUCACCACCACCACCCUCAUCAGCACUACCACCACCAUCACCACCAACCGAGUCAUCAAUCUCAACCACAACCUGGCCCAAGCAACGCUUCCCGCGCCCUCAAUACCGAUCCAGCUGCCGUCGAGAACCCUGCGCUAGCGGAAGCCUCCCGCAAUCUAACACAAACGCUCCGAAAACUCUCCAAGCGAGUUUUUACCAACAAGACUAGUGAAGCUGCGCAGGAACAGGCCCGCAACGUCAGCUCUGGUGCGGUUAUAGAAUCCAUGAAACACCACGGGAAGGGCAUCUACUCCGGUACUUUCUCUGGAACACUGAAUCCCGCCUUGCAGGACAAGUUCGGCCGGCCGAAACGGGAUAUCUCCACCAUAAUCCACAUCCUGAACGAUCUACUCAGCGCGGCUCCGCAAUGCGCGCGAACUGGAACCAAGAUCUACUUUGAACCAUCCUCAAGCACUGCCGCCGCCUCAUCGACCAACCAAGUCACAGCUGGGGCAAGUUCCGGAGCCGGAUCGACCGCCACCGGGAACAGCAAUGGAAGCAACCUGCAAGCCGCAGCCCUGAUGGCACCUGCCACCCUAACUACUCCGAUAGCGGCACCCAGCCCUCGACUGGUUUCCCGUUGUGUCCCGGCUUCGAUCCACACCAAAAAGUACCCAAGCAACAGCGGAACCACUACAACUGUCGCUAGCCUUGGCCCCAGCAGCAGCUGCUGCAGCGGUUGCAAACCCGUAGAAUCCCAAACCAGUGGUGGUGCCUCCGCCCUCGCCGCCCGCUGCCAUCACCAUGCACCGAAAGCCACCCCAAAAGUGCUGUGCAAGUGUGGCCUCCCACUGGCGGCGACACCCACGGCUGUUUCGGCUUCUACUCCCAUCGGCGCCCCGCAACAUUGCCAACGCUGUGCUGCCGCCAUCAGCGCAGCCGAGCUGGAAAACUCCAAAACCAAAUCCAAACUAGACAAUCUUCGCCUGAUUAUGCAGCAGAAGAAGGAACGCCGCGAAGCUCGUAAGCAAAAGUGUGCUCCGUACAGCACCGCGUCGUCCGUGAUGGCCUCCCCGCUAGCAUCAUUAUCAUCAUCAUCAUCAGCGGCACCGUCAUCGGCCAUCGAAGUCAGUGGGACGACGGCCGCUCUUGCUGUCUCGCAUCGCUCCCCCCUUCCCAUCGCUGCCGCCACAGCUCAAUCCGUUCAAGAGACAAUGGAUACCACCACGGCUAUGGCUGACGGAGGUGACACAGCCGUAGCCGCAGCAGCAGCAGCAUCAGAAUCCAAUAACGAAGGAAAUAGCAACAACAACAAAAGCAGCAACGCAGCAAAUUCGGCCACUGCCACCGCCACGGCAACGACCACCACCACAACGGCGGCUGCGACGUCUUCGGAGUCGUCGACGCAAAGUCAUCAAAUCGUUGAAGAGGUUGAUACUGUUGCAUAAGCAAAUCCAUGUAGAGGAGAUUGAAAGAAGCAGAAACAAAUUUAUUCUACACAGCAGUGGAACUCAACACUUAAUUAUUCAAUUUUAGCAUCAAUCUACAGAGAAGGACAACAAAUACAACCGGUACUGCACUGUGUUUAGUGAUGGAUUCAAUAGUUCUGUACAAAAACCGAUAGUCAAGUCUAAGCAAACUAAUAACUAUGAUAAACAACAAAGUACUAACAGCAGAAGAAAAUUUCUUAGCGAAGAUGAUACCCUCCUAGCAAUUAGUUAACCUUCGUAAACAGUUAAACAUUGAAACAAGUAAUCCCCUCUACAUAAUCCUGAGAAAAUUUGAAGCGAACCUGAUGCGCGGAAGUAAGACAAAUUUACCACACAGACAAUGAUCUCCAAUUUGAAUGAAUGUUCUUACAAUCGGUUGCAGCAGAUUGUACAGCGAUUGCUGAGUCGUGUUAGACCACCAUCAGAUCUUAAAAUACAAGUCUAGUAAGUAACAGAAAUACAUACUGAACCACGAAAAAAAAACAUUAUUUAGCAAAUUCUAUUUUAACUUUAAGGCAAUCGCAAACAAAAAAACAAAAAUGAGGUGAAAAAACUGUUUAAACAAAAUGGCUUCUGGUUUCCAAAACUAUCUCCAUUAAUUGUAACACUGAGUCGGCACAAAGCCGACACUUAUUAAACCUAGAGAAAGAAAAAAAACACACAAAAUCUUGCUACUCGCGAAACUGAAAAUAACAAAAAAAAAUGUAAAACUCAUUCCUGUACUAUGAUAAAGUAUUUGUAGUGAAGUACCCCCCUCCCCUGAAUUCGUACUAUUAGCAGCUUAGUAAAACAAAUUUAAUCAAAUAUAUUCUAGCGAUUCGGAUGUUUUUCGCUUCGUUUUGUGCGUUUCUUUGUUUUGUUUCAAAUUGUUCUGUUUAUUUUUCCAUUUUUGCCCUAGAUUAUAUUUGCUUAUUUUCUACACUGAACUUAGACAAAGAAAACAAAACUAAACUAGAGACGGUGGAAUAUGUGUUCCGAUUCAAACUUCAUUCUAUCCGUGCGAGUUAGGCGAGUCGACCUUAAAGGUUCAACCACAAUUCGGUUUUACUGCAAUCAUUUAGGAUUAGGGAUUUUCGCUCCAUCGGGAGCGACUGUGGGUGGUUAAUGUUUGUGUUUUGAACCACGGGAUUACCCCGUAUUUUGAUUUGCCUUAUUAUGUUUAUUAAGUUGAGAUAUGAAACAAAAAUAGUAAGAAAAGUUAGGUGUAGCGUGAAUAAUUGACACAAUGACUGUGUUUUGUAGAUGUAAGGGGAGCGAUGUUGCGACAAAAGCUUCAAACCCCAAUUUGAUAUACUGAAUAAAAAAAAAAGAACGGAAGAGGGAUCUUUCGAAGACAAAUCUAGCAAAUCUAUUCAAGGAUCAAAUUUAAAUCAACGGUAAUCUACGUAAUGAAACUCACGCCACGCACGCAUGUAAGCAAGUGUGUGGCGUCAUUUUCAAUGUCUUGAGCAGUAAACAAUGGUUUAGCGUAAUACAAUGGUAUGAAGUAAAUAAUCAACAACAAAAAAAAUCGGAUGGCUGAAGAACAAAACGUCGUGUAAUGCUAAAAAGAGUAAAUCUUAACGGAAACAAUAAAGAUAUAUUGCAAUCUACAGCUAAAA